AAUGACAUUGACGUAUGUCAUAACAAGAGAUUUGGAGGUUAUAAAAAUGAUGCAAAUUAUUUUCAAAGAAACGAAAUAAUUGAUUGAAACUUGUGCUAUUUAAAAAUGUCUAAACUGCGAAACAUAUUCCAGACUUCAUACUGUCGCUACUACAGUCAAAAGGCAAACAAGAAACUGCCGAUAAUAUCAUGUAAACGGCCAGAAUACAACCACUAUGAGGGACAAUCUUACAGCAAAUUCGAUGGUGUGAAAUUGGCUUCCGCUGGUUGGUUGCAUGAAAAAUCUAAAGGCGAUUAUUUUACAAUAUACGGAGAUGCAAACAAGAAAGAAGAGAAAGUUGUAUUUAAGAAGAGUUUUAGUGAUAUAGGCGUCAGGCAAGAGCUGAUUGAAGUUUUGGGUGCUCAAGGAUACGAGCUGCCGACAGCUAUCCAAGCGAAAGCCAUACCGUUCAUUCUGGAAGGAUAUAACACUGCCGUAACAGCGGAAACUGGUUGCGGCAAAACUUUGGCCUAUCUUUUACCUAUUUUCCAGCAUGUUCUAGAGUGGAAGAAAUGUGUUAAAAAUGAAUUCAAUAGUCCGUUUGCUGUAAUUAUUACGCCAAGCAGAGAACUAGCAACACAAAUUGGUGAAGUUGCCCAAAACAUAGCCCAGAACCUAAACCUGAAUGUCACCACUCUGGUGGGUGGACGAACCAAGCAGAAGAUGUUAAACCCACCUAUAGAAUACUGCGAUGUGCUAGUGACCACACUGGGAGCGUACAGCAAACUGGUCACUACUGCCAUCUACAAGAUUCACAAUGUGCACCACAUGGUGUUAGACGAGGCUGAUACACUGCUCGAUGACAGCUUUAGUGGAAAAUUGUCACACUUGUUAAAGAAAUAUCAGAUUCAAUUUAAAGUACAGCAUCAGAUACCUCCAGUGGGCUGCCAGCUGACCCUAGUCAGUGCAACACUACCACAUGAAUUGCCUGAUUCGGUCAGUGCAUUUGUGGAUCCCCAAUCUUUGAAGACGGUCACCACCUCUAAGAUCCAUAGAAUAUUGCCUCAUGUUCCUCAUAAAUUUCUGCGCCUCGGCAAGGCUCAAAAGCCAGUGGAACUUCUAAAACUAGUUAAAGCUGACCUAAACCUCAAGCGACCCGUUAUGAUCUUCUCAAACCAGACUCCUACAUGUGACUUUGUCUCCAUGUUUCUGAACGAGAACGGGAUAGAAUGCAUCAACAUCAACGGCAAAAUGGCUGUUCAGCUGAAGGCGGGAAAGUUUGAGAUGUUCAAAACGGGACAGGUCGAUGUGCUCAGCUGUACUAAUAUUGCGUCACGCGGAUUGGAUACUAAUAGAGUCCAGCACAUAAUCAACUACGACUUCCCGCUGUACACGGCGGACUACAUACACCGCUGCGGGCGCACGGGCCGGCUGGGCUCGUCCGCCGGCGCUGUCACCAACUUCGUGGCCUGGCCGCGCGAGGUGAGCCUCGUGCAGAAGAUCGAGGCCUCCGUGCGUCGGGACAAGGAGCUGCCUCACGUGAACGCGAACAUCAGGAGAAUCAUUGAGGACAGGAUAGCCAAGAGUGCUGAUGCUGCUUUGAGAAGUUUGGCGUAAGGAUACUUACCUACAUUUUAAAUGUACCUAAUAGAUUUUUUUUCGUACUACGAUAGCCAUUUAGCGUACUACAAGAAGCAAGCUUCAUAUAUUUCCCGGCUCAGAUUUAGAGUUUAUUUUAUUCAUUAUUCAUACCUACCUACUUGUUAUGUUUUGUAACUACAUGACGCGUCGAAUGAUAGUCCCUAUGACAGUUCCUUCUAGUUAUUGAAAAAUCGCUUGUGUGGCUUCGGUAAUUAAAAAUAUAUAUUCUAUGUAUUUACAUACCUACUUAAUUUAUGUUGAAGCCUGGCAAAAACGAGUAGAAAUUAAAAAUGUGUCGUGUCUUCUCGUUUUCUUACACAUACCUUUCAUUGGGAUCAUUAUUGGCCGCAGGUACGUAAUAAUCUAGGAGACUGUAAUCUGAACUUCUAAUAAACCUCGUUAUUUAAAAU